ACCUACCAUACGGCACUGGCUGGAUCCGAGAUCCUGCACCCCAAAUUGGUCUUUCUUCUCUUUUGCCUUGGGACUCUAGGAAGGCCCUGAGUACAAAGGGAUGAGCCCAUGGCAAAGAGAAACCCCAAUUCCUGCUCCCCAGCAGUUAUUUCUAAAUCUUCCCUUGAGCAUCAUCCUAAUAGCAGAAAAUGUCAGAGGAGGUGAGUUACCUAGGAGUCCUGGUGGAGGUGGCGGUGUUGGUCAUGAGGACACCAGAACGGAACACGAGGGCACCGGGACGGAACACGAGGACACCGGGAGGGAACGCGAGGACACCGGGAGGGAACGCAAGGACACCGGAAGAGGACACCGGGAGGCAACGCGAGGACACCGGGAGGGAACGCGAGGACACUGGGAGGGAACACGAGGACACCGGGACGGAACACGAGGACACCGCGAGGGAACGCGAGGACACCGCGAGGGAACGCAAGGACACUGGAAGAGGACACCGGGAGGCAACGCGAGGACACCACGAGGGAACGCAAGGACACCGGGAGGGAACACGAGGACACCGGGACGGAACACGAGGACACCGUGAGGGAACGCGAGGACACCGCGAGGGAACGCAAGGACACCACGAGGGAACGCGAGGACACCGGAAUGGAACGCAAGGACACCGGGAGGGAGCACGAGGACACCGGGGUGGAACACGACGACAUUAGAACGGAGCAUUAGUUCUUGGAGAAGAAAUUGAGGCUUACAGUUGCAGAUGUCCAGGACGAUGCAAAUCAACUAUUGGAAGAAGGUCCCAAGAACAAGGUGGCUCCCAAUCAGUGAAAUUCUACAAAACGGAAAACAACAGGAAGACGUCUUAUUGAGAAAGACCCCCUCCAACCUGACCAUGAAUCAGACAAGGAAGAAACAGCCCUCGGAAGAAACUAAACCCCACACUGCAUUUGUCAACAAAUUUCUCAAGCGCUCACCAUUCAGGUCCUCUACAGCUGAAAGAGGGAAAGAGGGUGACCUUAACACAGCUGCCUCCCAGCCCAGCGACGGGACACAGACAGCCGCCUUAGACACUGCUAAGCCUCUCACUUCAGAAAUGGAAUUGGGAUCCAGGAUGGAGAAAAAUGAGCAAUUCCUGCAGAAGCUGGGCAAAAAGUCUCUCGACAAGUGUCUAGAUUUGAAUAACUGUGGAUUGACCGCGGCGGACCUGCGAGAACUGGCUGCUUCACUGCCUUUUCUCCCAGACUUGGAGGAAUUGGAUAUUUCCUGGAAUGAUUUCGUAGGAGGAACCCUUCAUUCAAUCACUCAACAAAUGCAUCUUGUCAGCCACUUGAAAAUCCUGAGGCUGGGGAGUUGCAGACUUACCACCGAGGAUGUUCGAGCACUGGGAGAAGCACUUGACGCCAUCCCUGACCUCGAAGAGCUGAAUUUGUCUUGGAACAGUGAAGUGGGAGGAAAUUUGCCUGUGGUUUUCCACAAGGUCCAAGACAGGAGCAAGAUACGGACACUGGAGCUGGUGGAGUGCGCCCUCACACCUGACGACGGGGUGUUUGUGGGUCAGUUGCUACCUGCACUCCAAAGCCUUGAAGUACUUGAUCUUUCCAUGAAUAGAAACAUCGGUGACAGUCUAAACAGCAUCGCUCAGGGAUUACAAAGAACCUCAAGUCUGAAAGUCCUGAAGUUGCAUUUGUGUGGACUAUCACAAAAGAGUGUCAAAAUACUGGACACGGCUUUGAGAUACUUGGAUGAGCUGAGGAGACUAGAUCUUUCCUGCAAUAAGGAGCUGGGUGGAGGUUUCGAAGACUUGCCAGCGCAGCUGGCCACGCGGAGGCAUCUACAAGUCCUGGAUCUACACCAGUGCUCACUGACAGCAAGUGACGUGGUGUCGCUGACCCAGGUCAUCCCUUUACUCUCAAAUCUUCAAGAACUGGAUUUAUCAGCCAACAAAAACGUGGGCAGCUCUUCUGAAAACCUCCUCAGCCGGCUCCGCUUUUUACCAGCACUGAAGUCAUUACUACUCAACAGCUGCGCUUUGGAAAGGGAGCCCUUCGAGGCUCUCGCUGAAGCCUCCCUUCACCUCCGUGCUCUGGAAAUCCUCAACCUUUCCUGGAAUAAGUGUGUUGGGGGCAACCUGGAGCUGCUUCUGGACACGCUGAAGCUCUCGACGUCUCUUCAAGAGCUGCGGCUGAGCAGCUGUUCCCUGGUGACCGAGGACGUGGCUUCCCUAGCGUCGAUCAUACAGACGGGUCACCUGGCCAAACUGCAGAAGCUGGACCUGAGCUAUAAUGACAGUGUCUGCGAUGCAGGGUGGGCCGUCUUCUGCCAAAAUGUGGGGUCCCUCAAAGAGCUGAGCGAGCUGGAUAUUAGCCUCCGGCCAUCGAAUUUUCGGGAUUGUGGACAGUGGGUUAAGCAUUUGCUAUGUGCCGUGACCAAACUUCCCAAGAUCACUGAGAUAGGAAUGAAAAGGUGGGUUCUACCACCUUCACAAGAGGGCCAGCUAGAAAGCCUGGACCAAAAUCACAGACACGGCGUUCGCCUUGACCACGACGGGUUCCGGAUAAAAUCAUUACUUGGAAGACAUGUACAUUUGAAAUCAGCAUGACUCCAACAGAGAAAAUCACCAGGUUAAGGAGGUCUUGAGUGCCGUAAGAGGGGAUGAUU